AUGUACGGUUCCCGCCGAAAAGACUUACUUGGUCUUCUUGAUGGUUCUAGAAAAGAACCUGCUGAUGAUACUAAGAAAUCCAAAUGGGCUAUGAAGAAUGCCAAAGUUGUCACAUGGCUUCCUAGUUCAGUCACUCCAGAAAUUAGCAAGGGACUUCGCUCUUUUCAUUAUGCUUCAAAAUAUGGACUCACCUAA